AUGGCGGGUGGUGAGGCUGGAGUAACUCUGGGGCAGCCGCAUCUUUCUCGCCAGGAUCUCUCCACAUUGGAUGUUACCAAAUUGACCCCACUCUCACAGGAAGUUAUCAGCAGACAAGCCACAAUUAACAUAGGUACAAUUGGUCAUGUUGCUCACGGAAAAUCUACAGUUGUAAAAGCUAUUUCUGGAGUUCACACUGUCAGGUUCAAAAAUGAACUGGAGAGGAAUAUUACAAUUAAGCUUGGAUAUGCUAAUGCCAAGAUUUAUAAACUUGAUGAUACAAGUUGUCCUCGGCCAGAAUGUUAUAGAUCCUGUGGCAGUAGUACACCUGAUGAGUUUCCUACGGAUAUUCCAGGGACCAAAGGGAACUUCAAACUAGUCAGACAUGUUUCCUUUGUUGACUGUCCGGGCCAUGAUAUUUUGAUGGCUACUAUGCUAAAUGGUGCAGCAGUAAUGGAUGCAGCUCUUCUGCUGAUAGCUGGUAAUGAAUCUUGUCCUCAACCUCAGACUUCUGAACAUCUGGCUGCCAUAGAAAUAAUGAAACUGAAACAUAUUUUGAUUCUGCAAAAUAAAAUUGAUUUGGUAAAAGAGAGUCAAGCUAAAGAACAGUAUGAACAGAUACUUGCAUUUGUGCAAGGUACAGUAGCAGAAGGAGCUCCUAUUAUUCCAAUUUCUGCUCAGCUGAAAUAUAAUAUCGAAGUUGUUUGUGAGUAUAUUGUAAAGAAAAUUCCAGUACCUCUAAGAGACUUUACUUCAGAACCCCGACUUAUUGUUAUUAGGUCUUUUGAUGUCAACAAACCUGGCUGUGAGGUUGAUGACCUUAAAGGUGGUGUGGCUGGUGGCAGCAUAUUAAAAGGAGUAUUAAAGGUGGGCCAGGAGAUAGAAGUCAGACCUGGUAUUGUUUCCAAAGAUAGUGAAGGAAAACUCAUGUGUAAACCAAUCUUUUCCAAAAUUGUGUCACUUUUUGCAGAACACAAUGAUCUUCAGUAUGCUGCUCCAGGGGGACUUAUUGGAGUGGGAACAAAAAUUGACCCAACUUUGUGCCGGGCUGACAGAAUGGUGGGACAAGUACUUGGUGCAGUUGGAGCUUUACCAGAGAUCUUCACAGAACUAGAAAUCUCCUAUUUCCUACUUAGACGGCUGCUAGGGGUACGCACUGAAGGAGACAAGAAAGCUGCAAAGGUGCAAAAGCUUUCUAAGAAUGAAGUGCUUAUGGUAAACAUAGGGUCCCUAUCAACAGGAGGAAGAGUGAGUGCAGUCAAGGCUGACUUGGGUAAAAUAGUUCUCACUAAUCCUGUGUGCACAGAAGUGGGAGAAAAGAUUGCCCUUAGCCGCAGAGUUGAGAAACACUGGCGUUUAAUUGGUUGGGGUCAAAUAAGAAGAGGAGUAACCAUCAAGCCAACAGUUGAAGAUGACUAAGAAUAUCAUUUAAAUAGCACAUUUAGAUGAAGUUACAAUUUCUCUUAAACUGGGUUGUAAUUUCAAAGCAAUACCGGGAAUAUAUUUCAUAGUUCUUAGUUUAGUAGAAGCUGUAACGUUGUUCUCAUCUUCUUGUGAUGAAGAUUUAACUUCUAAGUAACAGGGUCUACAGUAGUUGCCAAAAUUGGCAUAUUUUUGGAUUUAAUCCAACAUUUUAGCAGAAGCUGAUUAUUGCUAAACAUUAUCAAAUUUAUACAUCACUUCAUGUUUGAAAUAAAAAAGCUGUUAAAACCAGCCUUUUCUAAGGUAUGGGUACCACUCAA